CAGGAAGCAGGAAAUGUAGAUGUUUGGGUGCAGCAGGGAGCCUGACGGAGCGCCCCUCGUGUGGGAGCACUGCCAGGGCAGCAUGAGAAAUCCCAGCCUUAUCACCCUGCUCUCUGCCCUGUCGCUGGCUGGAGGAUCUGUUGGGAAUGGCCCUGAAAAUGAUGGAUCAGGAGAUGGACCAUCGACAUUACCCACUGUUACAGUAACAGCUCCUCCUGCUGUGGGUUCUUCGACCGUGAAUGACCAUGAGACAGUACUUGUCACAACAAGUGCUACUGAAAGCAGCUUUGAAACAGAAAAUACUUCAAGUAGUGAACCUAAUGCUAUGGAUGAUGAGGACAGUCUAGAAGCAGCAGAACAGUCUUUCUUGAUAUAUGUUGUCCCUGUCGUGCUGCUGGUCCUGAUGAUUUUAUUGAUCACAUUUUUUGUAAUACAUCAUAAAAGGAAAAAGUCUAAGCAAGAUGAGCUGGGAAGUGAAAAUGUGAAAAGUCCUAUUUUUGAAGAAGACACGCCCUCUGUUAUGGAGAUAGAAAUGGAAGAGCUUGAUAAAUGGAUGAACAGCAUGAACAAAAAUGCUGACUGUGAAUGUUUGCCUACUGUAAGAGAAGAAGAAAAAGAAUCAAUUGCCAACCCAAGUGACGGUGAAUCGUGAAGUCAGAACAGCAGAGAACUGGCUAAAGGGAAGCAGCACACAAGCUAACCAUCCCCCAGAUAUUGGAAGAACUGGAUUUAAAUAUAAUUCAUCUCAAGAGACCAGACAAGCAAAUGCUUUGGUUGUGUCCUGCUAGAUACGGUCUUCAGAAAGGAAACAUCACCAAGGGGAAGGAAAAAAAAGAAAAGAAAUAAAGAGAAUCACUGUAGCAAGAUUAGAGACUGAUUUAAAUUCUUUCUGCAAUGACAUUCCUCACAAAUCAAGAGAAAUCUCCUUUUCUCCCCCUACAACAGUCCUCAAAACAGUUCAUGAUUCUGUCUCAUUCUGCAGUUUUGUAUUGUGCAGCACUUAAAACCAUUUCUGUUCAAAGUUCGGUGGGUUUCUUUGUUUUGUUUUUCGGGGGUGUUUGUUUCCAUGUCCAUAAUUCUGGACAGCCCUGCCUUUGUGGAUGUGAAGCUCAUGCCUAUGCAAUGUUUAUUUUUCAAUUUGCUUUUUCUGAAUGGUGCGCUGAUUUGCACAGAGCAUCUGCUGGGGAGGUACCAGGCUAGGACUGUCAGACCACCUCUGAGGACAGAGAGAGCAGCUGAGAAGCCUCUCAAAGGAAUAGCCAGAAGUGACUGCAGCCCAGCAAGGGCAUGGACUCUGUCUGUAGUGUGUUUUUCGGUUUUCAAAUUAAAAUUAUUGGAGAAGUCAAAACUAUUAUCUUGAGAUUGCCUUUCAGUUCAUUAUCUCCACAGAUGAGCGCCCUGGGCUAGCUCUCUCCAUGUAAGUCUCCUCCCUGGGGAGGGCUGUUCUCUAACCACCUACUUCAGGAAUAUCCAACUUGAAAACAUUUCUGUUUUUAAAAAAUAAGUGAGCUUGAACAAUUGAACAAUUCAGUACUCAGAUCAAACACAGGUUUGUGUUAUGCAUAACUACUUGGUCAAGGUUUUCAGAUGCAGUACAUUUGCUGCUGCUUUUGUUGUUGAAUAUUGAGCUUGCAAUAUCUGAAAGUCAUGGACUUCUAAGUGUACUUGGUCACCUUUAAUUACACUGAAAAAAAAUCAGACUUCUGGGAUACCUCAAGGUGGGGAAUAUAAAUCCUGCAACUGUGUCCACUGAUUUUCUAUGGCAAGUCUCUUAGGGAUGUAGUUUUAAUAUGCAACACACACAAAAGCAGAUCCACGUAUGUGCAAAGCUUCCCUUGCCUUAUUUAAAACAGCAAAUUGACAUCCUGGCAUUUGAUAAGAGCCUGGGGUCAUGAGCUCAGCAUCAGCCUGGGUGCUGCCCUGGCCCCUCUCUUCUCUCACCCCAUUUGGUAUUUCUCUCUUCUGCUUGCCCGUGUGCCCCUUGCACUCCUGUUUCUUUUACAUCACUGUCAUCAGUUCCUGGUCAUCUCCUUUUGUCCCAGUAUUUUAAUCUUGUAGGUGAGUUGAACUGCAGGGGACUUAGAAAAUUUCUCUCCUAUAUCAGUAAACCAAAACAUUCUAAUAUUCCAGUUCAUGAAUAUUAACUUGACACCUUUGGUUGAGGCACCUUAGUUUUCCGUAAAUGAUGCACAUAGUCAGGUCCUCUAACUCACAAAACAAAAAGAAGAACAACCAGAGAGCAGAUAUCAGCAGGUUUUAAGUAUUAUUAUCACUAUGCACUACACAAUAUUUAGGCCUCUGCUGUAAUGUCCUCAUUGUCAGCCUGAUCUGAGCCAACCCAUCCUCUUGCAAUGUCCACUGGCAACUGAAAACUCAAAUUAUCAUCCCUCAGUAGAAAUUGAGAAAAAGCGUGCAAACAGAAAAUCUCUUCCACUGCAUACAGUUCUAAAAUGUUUAGCAAAUGUGAUGAUCCCUAAACAACUGUUACCUCUUCUUCCAUUUUCUUCAAUUAUUUCAGUACUUAUCCAGCACUUCAGGGCAAUUUGACAUCCAAUUUACAGUGUGAGGCAUUUUUGUCCUGCAGAAGGCAGAAAAGCUACAGAUCCAAAGGAGGAUUUUUUUGAGAAAUACACGGAUAAUAAGAAGGGUAAUUAGGCAACAUCUCUCCUACAUAUGUUAAAAAUCAGUAUCUUAACAAAAUAGAAAUAACUCCUCCAUAAUGUUACAAACAUAAGGUUACUGACAUUGCCAGCACUUAAUUAAUUCCAUAAGAGUCCUGCACUUGUAAAGAACAUAAUCCUAACAGUAACCUCAGCAAAAAGGAACAUUCUUUUUAGUUUCUAUGCAGUCAUAAAUUAUAGAUUCAUAGAAAACUUGUGCUCUGAGACUAAAAAAAUAUUUUUUUGUAAUGCUAAAUCCAUUGGAAGGCUACAAAAAUCAACUUUUUUAACUUUCUGAUAUGAAAUUACUGUAUAUUCAAAUGUU